CACUCACUCACUUACUGACAUACACUGAUAAUACUACUACCUACUACCUACUACUCUUCUCACUCUUCACCGUCUUGAUCUUGGUUCUAAUCUCCGGCUAACUAACUAACCAACUGCCAUCCAUCUUUUGCCUUUACCUAUGCUUCUCUCUUCCCGCCGCCGCCAUGCCGUAGAGGGGGAAGUCACCGGUUCACCUGGAGGCCCUUGAUUAAGUGGGCUUUAUUCCCCUUGUGUCAAUUUUAUGCCAGACGCUGUGCUCUUUGAUGCUGCUGUGCUGCUGCUGCGUGCACUCCGUCCAUCUUGAACUUCUGCUUCUCGUCUGCGCGUCACAUUCAACUCUCCUCUGGGAUCUCGUCGCGUCGUUCAACUGCUGCAAUGUUUGCGUCAUUGCUGAGGCGUGGUCGCAAACGCCGUGCAUCUGAGCAUUCGCCAUACUCCUCGCCCUACAUGAGCCGUGUUCUUGACGAUCGACAAGAUGGUGAGGACGCGUCUGACAACGGAGGUCCUGCUGGCGAUGACUAUGGCGUCGACGACGAGGACGAAGAGGACGAGCCUCUGCUGCCCAUCUUCUCUUCUGAGCAUCUCGAUCGUCUACCUACAUACAAUACCACACACUCGUUGAGAAUGCUAGUGAUGCAGAAAUGUGAGACCACAAUCUCGUGGGAUCAGCUGCGCUCUCCGCAGGUCUCGCAAUUCCUCGUCAAGCCCAUCCAGCAGCAGAUUCGCGCCUCCUUCUUCACUAGAGCCACCCUUUACGCCCUGAUAAGCAAUUGCCUACAAUUUGAAAAGGAAGCACAGACAAACCCUGGCAAUAUGGGCGUAAGUCAGACAAGAGCUGUGCUGUGUGAGCUGCUAGCAGUACGUUUGCUCAAGGAAUACUCGACGCGAGAACUCAUAGAUGCUCUAUUCUAUGACUUCGACCCGCUCCAAGGUUUGCAAAAUCCGGCCACCGGUCGAGUGAGCUCAAACACUGCUAGAUUGACUCGCAUUUCUACCAUCGAGAUUGCAAUCCGAGCCCAAGCAAAGAAGUUCCUAGCACAUCCACUCAUUGUACAACAGCUAGAGGCUGUGUGGGCAGGUACCAUAGUCUUUCACUCAGCCGCAGAUUAUUUGCAUCGAAAGCCUCCUAAGCAAAGAGCAACUGGACAACGAGACUACGGCACUCUUGCCAACAGUAACUCGAACCAAACUCCUUCUAAACCGAGUACUACUGCCACCGCUCUAAUGAAUCAGGCUGUCUCCUCGAGCAACCCAGAAUUUGUCCGUCGCUCAGUCACCCUCUAUGAUCCGCAUGAUGCCUCACUGUUCAAGUUAUCACGUUUACGUGUCCCGCGUUAUCGCCAGCUGUUUUCGACCUUCUCGUUUGCUGUCAUGCUUGGCCUCUUUGUUGCCGUGUUGGCGCAGAAGUCGCUGGACAUCACUGCCCUCGAAGUGGUAUUCUGGUUCUGGAGUGCUGGCUUCAUGCUUGACGAAGUCGUGGGUUUCACUGAGCAAGGUUUCGGCCUGUAUAUCAUGAGUGUCUGGAACGCUUUCGACCUGGGCAUUUUGCUCUUGUUCGUCGUGUAUUAUGUGUUAAGACUGUACGGAAUUAUCAUGCCAGAUGCCCGGAAACACCAUGUUGCAUCGAUGGCUUACGAUGUUCUUGGCUCUACUGCUGUGCUUCUAUUCCCAAGACUGUUCUCCGUCCUGGAUCAUUACCGAUACUUCUCCCAGCUUCUGAUCGCUUUCCGCAUGAUGGCGCUCGACCUUGCCGCAGUGCUGAUCUUGAUUCUCAUUAGCUGCAGUGGCUUCUUCGUGGCAUUUACAUUGUCCUUUAGCGACGAGAUUCCUAAUGCAGGCAGUGCGGCAUAUGCACUGUUUCAGAUGCUAAUGGGCUUCACACCAGCAGCAUGGGACAUCUGGGAGAACUACAACCCGUUGGGCAAAGCGAUAUUGACGUUGUUCCUCAUAAUAUGCCAUUUUCUCAUCGUUACCAUUCUCAUCACUGUGUUAACAAAUUCAUUCAUGGCAAUUGUACGGAAUGCUAACGAAGAACAUCAAUUUCUUUUUGCCGUCAACGCCAUCUCCAUGGUCAAGUCAGACGCCUUAUUCUCAUACGUAGCACCGACCAACGUUCUUGGAUGGCUAUUAUCACCUCUGCGGCACGCCAUGCCGUUCCGACAAUACGUGAAGAUGAAUCGAACCUUGAUCAAGAUCACACAUUUUGGAAUCCUCUUCUUUAUCUUCCUCUACGAAAGACUCGUUCUCGCACGCCGCACCGAGGGACCAACCGAUCUCGUGGAGCAACGCGGACGCCAACCCCACAGGAUACCCGCCUUCAGCAUUCGCGGCAACGAUCUAUUCAGUCCACACAUUAGAGAACCAUCAAUGGCCACUUUCCGGCAAGAUCGGGCGCUCGAGGAGGUCUUCCGUCGACCUUUUCGAGGUGACACUAUCAAGCAAUCUCCUGCGCCCCAAGAUCUCCAAAGACGAUCGACGCAUGUUGUGCAUGACUGGAUGCAACGCGCUGAUAAUGAAGGCGGUGCAUCACCACCACUUGAGCAACCGAGGUCUGUCCUCGAUCGAUUAGAGACCCGCCGCGCAAAACAGCGUCGCACAAAAACAGUUGACCGUUUGCCUAUGAGGUUCCCACGUAUACAAAGAUCUUUCACGUCGGAUCCCGAGGAUCUAAAAGCUAAGCCUGUUGAAGAUCCCAUCUUAGAAGUGGACGAACCUGAUGUGAUUAUGGGCAAGCCUCUCGAAGGAGAAGAAGGCGAGGAUGGAGAUGACGAGUUGAUCACGCUUGAUGACGAUAUCGAUGAUCAGAACGACGAGGCAUCAGACAAGGAGAUAGCGCUUGGUGAAAAGGACCAUGAUGGCUCAGGCUCCGAAGACUAUUUCCGAACGCCAGCGACGUCCAAGCACAAGUCGCCAAAAUUUCCUGGCUCGAUGGAAUCAAGAACUCUGUCAUCCUCUUAUCGACCUGGUGGGCAUACCAGGAAUAUCUCGACCAAUACCAUCCUCUACGUGCCGAGUAUCGCUCCAGCCAGCAUCCAGCCAAAGCUACCUUCCCACCCACGUUCCAUAUCCCCGAACAAACGGCCACCAACGGCACGGCCAUCUACUCGGGCUGGCACAGGUACUCGAACGCCAGUCCGCCAUGGACAGAUGGCAGAACCAGUCCGCUCGAAACCGCGCCCAAUCAUGCCUGAACGUGACAAUUUCCAGACUACACCGACUUCCGCAACGUUUAUACACCUCAACGCCCGCGACAGGAUCCCAUCGAUGAAUGCACGGGCUCUGGACUUGGCAUCAGAUAUUGGAGACAAUCGGCACGUUCCCGACAAUCUAUUGGGAGGUAUGGCUGCUAGCUUUGGAACGCAGAUGGAAUACGCACAAAGACAGAAACAAGAGGAGGGGAAGAUGGUUGACCGGAUUAUGCUUGCCCGCAUGGGUCAGCUGGAGGAAGGCUUCCGAGAAGUGGUCCGGGAAGUCAAGGAAUGGCGCGUACGAGACAGCAAGACGGCGAGCAAGGCCACGAGUAUAAGGAGCAGCAUUGGCGACACAAGUGCGAAUCAGUCAGCUGUACUUACCGGCCUGCAGCUGCAAAGACGGAAGAGCAAGAAAGAGAAGGGAAAGGCCAAGAUGGGGUCGAGGAAAGAGAGCACAGACACUGUUGUGCACCCACAAGAAGCUGCCCACGACGAAAAUAAGGUGCCGCCGUCUGUCACUGACCAGGCCAUGCAAAACUCACCAACCGACGGCUCGAAUUACUCCAUGCCAGGAGAGCGAUCGUCAGUCUGAGGGGCCUAGGUCAAGCAAGCAUCAUAUCGGCGUUCGGAAUAUCAUCGCAUGCAUUAUCGGCGUUGGAGCAAUAAUUUUCUGCAUUUGACUUUGAGACAUGGAUGUCUGUGUCCCGAAAUUGACGAGCUACAACUCAGUCUUUGCAACAGUCAACAGUUUGCUAUUAGCGAGGUCGAUCUGCAGGGAUCAUGUACAAACACGUCUGUCUGUAUCGGGGCACUGUUUCGCAUAUAUAUCGAUUAGCGACACAUGUUAAAGUAAUAUAAUUCUUACAUAUUCUC